AUGCAAACAUAUUUGAGUAGGCAGUUGUUCAGAUCCAUUGCUCCCUCAGCCCAAUACUUCUCAAGGCUAGGGGCUAAUUUAAGAAGACCCCUUUUAGCAGUAUCAUCCAGGAGGCAUUAUGCACAAUCGUGGGAUAAUAAACAUCCCAAUAAAGAUAUCGAUGCCCAUUUGAAAGUUCAAAAACUGAUGGACGAUAUCCAAAGUCAUCCAAACGUCGCCUUAAAGUUACGAGCAGUCAGUGAAAUAAUGGUCUCAAAGGGCUUAGCUAGCGACGAUUCUCCACCUGGUCCUUGGAAGGUGGUCAAGAUAUUAACAGACAAGGAUGUGAGAAAAGCCAUGUUUGAAUUCAAGGAAGAGCUGCAGAAGUCAGGCAUUGAGCUCGGACCCGACCAACUGGGACCACUGAUGUCAGUCCUAGGCAUGGAGAAAAAAGAAUAA